AUGUCAGACGCAGCUGUCGACACCAGCUCCGAGAUCACCACCAAGGACUUAAAAAAGAAGAAGAAAGUUGUGGAGGAGGCAGAGAAUGGAAGAUGCACACCUGCUAAUGGGAACGCUAAUGAGGAAAAUGGGGAGCAGGAGGCUGACAAUGAGGUAGGUGAGGAAGAGGAAGAAAGAGGGGAGGAGGAGGAGGAGGAAGGUGAUGGUGAGGAAGAGGAUGGAGAUGAAGAUGAGGAGGCUGAAGCAGCUGAAGAUGACGAGGAUGACAAUGUUGACACCAAGAAGCAGAAGACUGAUGAGGAUGACUAG